AGUCACAUAAGUAAACAUACGACCUAGGACCCAAGAGGCGAUUAGCUGUUCUGUUGUGUUAAACACCAUCACCAUCACUAUCUGUCGUCGUUGCUAUACAUCCCACAUCAUGGAUAAGAGAAGACAAGCCGUUAUAAACGCCAAGAAGACAACUGCGCAGAAAAAGAAGAAUGCGCCAAGAAAGACAUUGAACACAGCUGGCCAGUCUACAAGCGAUGCGACACAGUCCGGAGCGAAAGUGACUCCCUCUACCACGAAUACGAGCAGCAAUGCUGACGUUGAUGUGGAGCUGCCUUUGAACGGAAGUACGGAUACUGGCGAUGCUUCUGCACCAUCUCAGCAAAAGCAUUCGUCAACAGCGGAUCGCGACAAGGACGACCAGUACUCAAUAUAUUCUGACGAGGAAGAGGACAUGGAGGAUUACAAGCGAGGAGGCUACCACUACAUAUCGGUCGGAGAUGUAUUCAACGAGGGCCGUUAUGUGACCCUCCGCAAGCUGGGAUGGGGUCAUUUUUCCACUGUAUGGCUGGCAAGGGACACAGUUGAGAAUCGUCAUGUUGCACUCAAAGUCGUCAAGUCAGCAUCGCACUAUACGGAGACGGCGAUUGACGAAAUCAAACUACUGGAGCGGGUGGUCCAAGCAAACCCGAGUGCGCCUGGCAGGAAGUACGUUGUGGAGCUUUUGGAUCAUUUCAUGCAUCGAGGACCGAAUGGACUGCACGUUUGCAUGGUCUUUGAGGUUCUGGGGGAGAAUUUGCUCAGUGUGAUCAAGCGUUACCGCCAUCGAGGAAUUCCCGUGCACCUGGUUCGACAAAUCAUUCACCAGGUUUUAAUGGGCCUAGACUAUAUGCAUCGAGAGUGCGGUAUCAUUCAUACGGAUCUGAAGCCGGAGAACGUUCUAGUCUGUGUCGAGGAUGUGGAGCAGGUCGUCCGAGGACUCAUUGGCGACAUGGAUUACUCGGACCCUGCUGCUCUCGCCAAAGCAAGUCGCGCCGGCAAGACCAAAAUCGUCGAGAGCAAGCCACUCACUCAUGGAGCAGGCAGUUCGUUACGAGGCGGUGCAAACGCAACCUCAGCAGCAUCAACGCCUCACAACACGCUGACAAAGAGCCAAAAAAAGAGGCUACGUCAAAAACUGAGCAAACAUGCUCAGCCUGUGGAAGAAACGGACGAUACCAGUGCAGAUACAGAUACGCCCAUGAUGACGGCAAAUUUGGAAAGAACCAUGAGCGACAUCAAACUAGACACUAAGGCAGAGUCGGGCAGCGCAUCGAAGGACCAGAGUUCAGAGGGAUACCCAGAAACACCCAGGACCAUUUCAGUCAAGAUUGCAGAUCUUGGGAAUGCAUGCUGGGAAGACCACCAUUUUACGAAUGACAUUCAGACGAGGCAGUAUCGAUCGCCAGAGGUCAUCCUGGGCGCCAAAUGGGGUCCAAGCACAGAUGUCUGGAGUGUAGCAUGCAUGGCGUUCGAGUUGAUCACGAGCGAUUAUCUUUUCGACCCUCAAAGCGGAACAUCAUACAACAAGGAUGACGACCAUAUGGCACAGAUCAUCGAGUUGAUGGGCAACUUCCCCAAGAAAAUGGCAUUGAGCGGAAAGUAUUCACAGGAGCUUUUUAACCGCAAGGGAGAGCUGCGACAUAUUCAUAAGCUGCGGAUGUGGCCAUUGCAGGAUGUGCUUCAUGAGAAAUAUCUCAUGCCUCGAGCUGAGGCUGACAUUUUGGCGGACUUUUUGUGCAAGAUGUUAAUCCUGGACCCAGCACUGCGAACAUCUGCGCAAGAGAUGGCGGAGCACCCAUGGUUGUUCGUGAAAGAUGAGACGAUGGACUCGGUCAGCGAACGCCAGUCGUCGGGUGAAGGCCAUGAGCAUCUGGAUCGUCAGCCCUCUGAGCGGGACGGCUCAGGCGAACCGGGACCAAUGGAUGCUGAUGAAGAUGAGGACGAACAGAGUGGAACGAACAUGGAUGAGGGCGAGAACUGAGUCUCUUAGAGCAACGACCACUGUUCGAAAACGCAUAAUAAAGAACUAAGAGCACAAAAGGCAGAUUCAUA